AUGCUUUAUAAGUUUAUUUUAAUAACACUUUUUGUAUUUGGUAAAUGUUAUUUUGAUUUUAAUGGUUAUUCACUAUAUGACAUUAAAUUAAGAAAUAAAGAAGAUUUAAAACUUCACAAAAAACUAGAUGAAAAGUUUCCAAAUCAACUUGCCUUUAUAUUUGAUAGAAUAAUACCUGGAAGUCACCUUCAAAUUUUUGUAUCACCAAAUGUAUCAAAUGUUUUGAAUAAGUUUCUUUCAAAAAUAAAUGUUAGUUAUAACAUUUAUAGAAGAGAUUGGAAUAAAUAUAUAAAUAUUAUUAAAAAUGAAAGAUCAAAAGAUUUCUUUGAUUUGAAUAAAUUUAAUUCUUAUAAUAAAAUAAGAAGUUAUUUAAAAAAUUUAUCAGAAAAUAAAUCAUCAUUAGUAUUUUUUAAUAGUUUAGGAAAAUCAUAUGAAGGUAGGGAAAUUAACUAUCUUAAAAUAGGUUAUCAAAAUAAUAAAGAAUAUAAAAGAAAAAGUAUAAUUGUUAUUGAAGGUGGAAUUCAUGGAAGAGAGUGGAGUUCAAUUUCUUCAUCACUUUAUAUUAUAAAUAAAUUUGUUAAGAAUUCUAAAAAAUAUGAAGAAAUAUUAAAAAAUAUUGAUAUUAUUGUAAUACCAUUAGUCAAUCCAGAUGGAUAUGAAUAUUCAAGAUAUAUUAAAAGAUUCUGGAGAGGAAAUAGAAACAUUUCAUUAAAUAGUGAAUGUGGCGUUGAUAUUAAUAGAAAUUUUCCUUUUAAAUGGUGUAAAAUUGAUAGUGAAUGUGAAGAAAAUUCUGGUGUUUAUCCUGGAUCUGAAAUCGAAACUCAAAAUAUGAUUACUUUUUUUGAAAAGUAUAAAAAUAAUAUUAAAUGUUAUUUAUCAUUACAUAGUUAUGGUCAAUACAUCUUAUUUCCUUGGGGUUUUAAAAAAGAACCUUCAGCAGCAUAUUUUAGAGAAACUCAUAAAUUAGCAACUAAAAUGAAAAGGGCAAUUCAAAAUAAUUGUAAUAAAAUUUAUACUAUAGGUCAAGUAUCAAAUAUUAUAUAUUCAACAUGUGGUAGUAGUACUGAUUUUGCCAAAAGUUUAAAUAUUAAAUAUGUGUACACAAUUGAAUUGUCUCCAUCAGAUAAUGAAGAAAGUUAUAAAUUUCAAAUGCCUGAAAAACAUAUAUCUGAAAUUGGUGAAGAAGCAUUUAUAGCUGUUUUAGAAGCUUGUAAACAAGUAAAUAAUGAACACAAAUUAAUUUAA